AUGAAUAGACAAUCAACUCAAUUUAAUGCUUGGUCAACUAAUCCACUUGAAUCAAGAAAUGAUGUGAUUGAAGCUUUACACCAACAACUAGAACCAUUGAUCCCAGCCUUCACCGAUGAUGGUUCAAGAGUCAGCUUAGCAGACACUUCUGCAGUUUUUAGUAUGGAGGCUGCUGAAUUAGAAGGGUUUGCAAGACCAUUAUGGGGAAUCGUACCUUUUGUAUACGGAGGGGGCGAUUUUAAGCAUUGGGAUUUAUUUAGAAAAGGUUUGACUAACGGAACAAACCCAAGCAAACAAGAAUACUGGGGCGAUAUUGGGGAUUUCGAUCAGCACUUAGUUGAAUUAGCUGCUAUUGGGUUCGCCUUGUGUCUUGUUCCAGAACAUAUCUGGAAUCCUUUACUGGAUGAAGCUAAGGAUAAUUUAUCCAAGUUUUUGCUCAAAGCAAGACAAAAUGAAUUUCCUCAUUGCAACUGGAAAUUCUUUAGAAUAAUGAUUGAUUUAGGGUUAGAAAAAGUGGGAGUUAAAUUUGAUAAAUCCCUUACUAAAGCAUACCUGGUUGAUUUGGAUACUAUGUACAUCGAUGAGGGGUGGUAUGGUGACGGUGGAAAUAACAGAAUUGACUACUACAACCCAUUCGCCUUGCACUUUUAUGGAAUGAUCUAUUAUUUUGCCAUGAAGGACAAAGAUCCCGAAAGAAGCAAUAAAUAUAAGAGUAGAGCAUUAUUAUUCGCUAAACAAUUUAUACAUUGGUUCAGUGAUGAUGGAGCAUGUAUUCCAUUCGGAAGAUCAUGUACUUACAGAUUUGCAGUUGAUGGAUUCUGGGGUAUGUUGGCAUGUAUUAUGAGACCUGAUGAAGCACCAGUCAUUCCUUGGGGCGUAUUGAAAGGGGUUUACUUAAGAAAUUUACGUUGGUGGUCCAAACAACCAGUCUCAUAUUUUAAGACGAAUAUUUUGUCUGUUGGAUUCAGUUAUCCUAACCAGUUUAUGUGUGAAUCCUACAACUCACCUCAAUCUCCAUACUGGUCCGUUAAAGCAUUCGCUUCGUUAAUAUUGCCCGAAUCUCAUCCAUUUUGGACUUCGAAAGAGGAAGCAUUGGAGUUAGAAGAUAUAAACCUAAAGGUCCCUGGAAUGCUAAUUUCACAUAAUAAGGGAAAUACUGUCUCGUUAACAAGUGGCCCAUACCUGGCAUUCAUCAGACAUCACGCAGAAAAAUACAGUAAAUUUGCUUACAGUUCAAGAUAUGGUUUUAACGUUGAAAAUAAUUUGAAAAGUUUUAAUACAGCCUCUCUCGAUAAUAUGAUCGGCUUUAGUUUCAAUGAUAAAGAUUUCUAUUUUAGAGAAUCGAGUAAGUCAUGGAUCUUUAAAGAUGGGUUGUACUCUGAAUGGAGACCAGCUGGCGCAGAAGAUAUAGAGGUUAAAACUUGGAUACUUCAAAGAGGAAACUAUCAUAUCAGAGUUCACCAUGUUCAUAAUAAUAGUUCCCAAGAUGUAGUAUCAUUAGAGGGAGGGUUUGCAGCUAACGUGAUGCAUGAUGCAAACGUCACUAACUACAAAAACACCAAUCCGAAUGCUAUUGCUGAAAUUGAAACCUCUAAAGAUAUUACUUUAAUGCUUAAUUUAUUAGACGAGAGAAUAGCAAAAGUUGGUAAGCCAGAACCAAAUACUAAUUUAAUUUCGUCUAAAGUUAUGUUACCUCAAUUAAACGGGAAGAUUUCUGCUAAGUCUACUGCUAAAUUUGCGUGUGCGGUUUAUGCCCAACCUAAAAGCGUAUCAUUUUACGAUAGAGAAACCUUUUUAAAGACUGUGAAUGUUCCAAACGAGAAAGAAUUAGAUGAUAUGAAGUCUUCUUCUGAAAGGGUUAAAUGUAACAUCCCUAGUAAAAAUGACGAACUCAUGGCUAAAAUGAUAAAGAAAUUUCAAGAAGCUGAUUAA